GAGAGAGAGAGAGAGAGAGAGAUUAGUGCUAGAAAGAUCCCAACAUUAAACAUUUAAUUCGUUUUCGUUGUGUCUAAUCUUGCCCGCUACUGGCGAAGCAGUCCUCUCACUCAGUCAGUGCUGCAGGUACAGAGAUAUUGCUUUGCUUUUUGGCUUCCACAUUUACAAUUACAUGUCUUCAAGCACCACGCGAGAGAGAGAGAGAGAGAGAGAGAGAGGAGAGAGACCCUUCUGCUCAAACCAAAACUCUGAAAUCUGAAUCGUUUCUUCCCCAAGAGAGACGGAGAGGUUUUGAUUAGGGACCCAUAUCUUGUUCUUGCCCACAGAUUCUACAAAACCCAAAAGUGCUUCUUCUCCAGUCACUUGUGAAAAAAGCAAGAAAGCUUCGUCUCUGAUCUGGGUUUUCAGCAUCCUCUGUUUCUUGAGCUCCUUCAGCAAUUUUUCCUCGAAUGCGGUGGAAAGAUUCAAACUUUCUCGGAAAAUUGGAUUCCGUCUCGGUUUUGGGAUCUGGGUUCGUUUGCUUUUCUGGUUAAGAUGAUGGAACAUGUGUGCAAGCUCUGCAAAAAAAGCUUUGUGAGCGGCAGGGUCUUGGGAGGUCACAUGAGGUGCCAUGGAGCAAGAAAAUCUGCUAAAACAGAGAAAAUGAUCGAAAUGUGCAGGGUGGAUUUUGAGGUUGAAGACGAUGAUCACGCUGGUUAUGGAUUACGAAGGAACCCGAAAAAGUCCUGGAAGUUUUCAGGGGACUCGAAGUUUAAAGCUUCUGCAGGGGAUGAGACCGUCUGCAGGUGCAGGGUUUGUGGCAAAGGGUUUGAUUCGAUGAGGGCGAUGUUCGGGCACAUGAGGCAUCACUCGGGGAGGGAGAGGAAGGAGACGCGGUCUUGCGAAGUUUGCUGUAAAGGAUUUGAAUCGUUGAGAGCUUUAGCUACUCAUAGCAGAUGCCACUCGGAAAGGAUGAGGGGAACUGAUGGAUUGGAGACUGUUUCUUCAAGCAAGAAGCUUCCUGUGGAUUCCUGUCAGUGCAGCAGUGAGACAAUCGGGCUGAUUCGGAGGAAAAGAUCGAAAAGAUUGAGGUACAAGAAUACUAAUUCAAGCUGUUCUUUUUCUAGUUUUAGUGUGAAUGAAUCUAAGUAUGUUACUGAAUUCGGGGAAGAAGUAGUAGAGGGGGCUAUUUGUUUGAUGAUCAUAUCUGGUAGUGGAAGCAAUUUGGGUCGAAUUAGUUCGGUGACCGAGUCUUCGGAUAACAAUUCGUUGUCAUUGGAAGUUCAAUCACCAAGUCAAAAGAAUUGGAUCAUGGAAAAUAAGGGUGGUGUUUCUGGUUGUGAUGUUUGUGAUGAUACUGUGAAAUUGGUUGAUUGCAUUUCUGAUUGUAAGAAUGUCUCUGAUGAGAAGAAAGUAUUUGAAUUUAGCGAAAACGGUCCUUGGUUUCUGAGUGAUGAGGAAAAGAAGGUCGAAAUGGAAGACAGGUUCUCCAGGGGUGCAGGUUAUAAGAGGCCUAGACUGGAUGGGGAAACUGCAUUUGGGCUGUGUGAUACUGAAGUGGAAAUGAAGGUGGAUAUUAUCGAGGAAGUAGAAUCGGAUGUAGCUGCAUUCGGAUCAAUGAAGUCAGGUUUGAACAAUAAACCCAUGUUAUAUGCUACUGAAUCUGAAGUCUUUGCUGAUUCCCAGAAGAAAAGAGAGCACAAGUGCAGGAUUUGCAACAAGGUUUUCGGGACGUAUCAGGCACUUGGAGCUCACCAAAGAGUUCACAAAUCGACCAGCAAUAGUUCUGCCGUAAAAAUUGAGGAUCAUGAAGAUAGAAUUCCGAUUGCCAAGCUUGAAUGCAGUGAUAAUUCAGCAGCAGAAGGGGAGACGGAAAGAGUAAUUGAGAAUAAGGGUCACAAGUGCUCCAUCUGCUUGAAGGUGUUUGCAACGGGCCAAGCUUUGGGUGGCCACAAGAGAGUUCAUUUCGGCAAAGACCCCGAGAGAGGUGCACAAGAGUCCAGAGUGCUGAAGCAGCAGAUUUCCAACAUCUGCGAUGCAUUUGAUCUUAGCCGUCCAGUCGAAAAUGGUGAUGUUGAAUUCAAGUCCUGGUGGCUUGGAAAUGAACAUAAGCAAGAGCUGUUGAUGGGUCUGAUGCCCAACUGAGAAGUGAUUCCAUCAAAAGCAGCUUUGGGAGUUUCUAGUGUUAAAGCUUCUGUUUACUGCUUUUGACUAAGGUAGCAGCCCAGGACUUGAAUCUCAGCGAUACAUUUCGGUCCUCAGAAAUGUUACUUUUUUCCCCUUCUUUUUUCCAUUCUUUUGCUUUAAGUCCAUAAAGUUUGAACAGAACACCUCAUCUGGGGACCUUCUUAAAACUUGUUUAAGAUGCCCGUCCAUGUCAUUUGUAAAGUACUUCUAAAAAAAUAUGGGAACCCCUUAUAUUUUGGUUCUA